CUCGUAAUAUUAUGACUUUAUUCUGGAAAUCUCCAAUUUUUUUUCCCUCAAUGUGGCCCUAAUACUCUGUAGUACAUUUUGCACUUUGGCCCUCACUGCAUUAGACUUAUAUACUAUAUACUUUGACUAUAAGCUGUGGUACCUUCAUCAAAUUGCUCAAAUAUUUUGCGGCUCCAGACAGAUUUUUUUAUUUUAUUUUUUUCCCCCUAAAAUGGCUCUUUUGAUAAUAAAGGUUGCUGACCCCUGGCAUAUCUCAAUUUUAAAGGCGAGAAGCAAAAAUACAGAGAAAAAGGAAAUAUAUUUUUCAUCAGUAUGACAUUAAUUAAAAAAUAUUUGAUGACUGGAUGAAAUAUUUAGCUGAAACAGUAUUAAAAGUAUUUUUUUGGGGUUUUUUUUAUAUAAUAAAAAAUGACAGAGAAAUUAAAUCAUGUUGAUGAUAUCAUUAAAGUUGAUGCAAAUUCUAGAACUCCCUCAUUCCAACAAUUAACAAAUUUCAAGCACUCUGAUUCGCUACUGUGAGUGAUUGACAGCGCUCCUCGGCCCUCUCAGCCAAUGAGGGACGUCCGAGGGGGCGGGACCGUCUCUACUGUAAUCAAUCCUCUGAUCAGCCCGUUCAGCGUGUUGUCCGCUCUCCGUCCUCCUGAGUGUGUGUGUGUGUGUUAUCGCUCUGAAGAGGUAACCAGGACGGCGUGUUUUCCUCUCUAAUAAAAUAAAGAAAGUGGGAAGAAAGAGAGGAGGGGACAUGGGGGAAAGAUUUGUGGUAGUGCCGGUUGACAGAGGAGUUGUGGAGCACCACUCGGACGCGGUUGUCUCUGACCCGGCACCGGCAGCACCGGGAACACCGGCACCGGACUCACCGGAGGAGAGAGUGUCUGCUGCGGGGGAGGACUCGGUGUUCGAGCCGCAGGAGGACCCCGACGCUGUGGUUCCGAUCCUGGAGUACAACAGGGAGCCCAACAAGUACGGUGAUGGCCUCCCAAAGGAAAACAGUCCCUUUAUCAACAACACAGACAACGACAAAGGCAACAGCUACGAUGGCACCAACAUGGCCCUCUUUGAGGAGGAGAUGGACAGCAACCCCAUGGUGUCGUCUCUCCUCAACAAACUGGCAAACUACACCAACCUCACCCAGGGGGCCCAGGAGCACGAGGAGGCUGAUGAAGACGGGCCCAAGAAGAAGGCUGUUAAGAGCCCUCAGAUGGGGACCUUCAUGGGUGUCUACCUCCCCUGCCUCCAGAACAUUCUGGGGGUCAUCCUGUUCCUGCGACUCACCUGGAUCGUCGGCGGCGCCGGCAUCUUGGAGUCCCUGGCUAUCGUCGUCUUGUGCUGCUCUUGUACCAUGCUGACAGCCAUAUCUAUGAGUGCAAUCGCUACUAAUGGUGUCGUGCCAGCUGGAGGCUCCUACUAUAUGAUUUCCAGGUCUCUGGGUCCAGAGUUUGGUGGAGCAGUAGGUCUCUGUUUCUACCUCGGCACAACCUUCGCUGGCUCCAUGUACAUCCUUGGUACUAUAGAGAUUCUGCUGACCUACAUCGUGCCUAAAGCAGCCAUCUUUGUGGCAGAGAGGAAGGAGGAUGAAGUGGAUGCCCUGCUCAACAACAUGCGUGUUUAUGGCACGUGCUGCCUCGCGCUGAUGGGCAUAGUCGUCUUCGUAGGGGUGAAAUAUGUCAACAAGCUGGCGCUGGUCUUCCUGGCCUGUGUCAUCCUCUCCAUCCUCGCCAUCUAUGCUGGAGUCAUCAAGACCAUUUUUGAGCCGCCAGACUUUCCUAUUUGCCUGUUGGGGAAUCGCACUCUGCAGAACCAAAACUUUGACCGCUGUCUUAAGACGGAGGUCAUAGACAACGUGACGGUCACUACCCAGCUGUGGAAGCUGUUCUGUAACGGAUCUGAGCUCAACGCCACCUGCAACAAAUAUUUCGUCAACAACAAUGUGACCGAGGUGCAGGGCAUCCCCGGGCUGACCAGCGGAGUCAUCUCAGAAAAUAUGUGGUCAGAUUAUGGCCCUCUGGGUAUGUUGGUGGAAAGCAAGAAGUUGUCAUCUGUUGAGGGAGGCGACCCUGCGCAGGACGUCUACAUGCCCUAUGUAGUCAACGAUAUCACCACCUUCUUCACUCUGAUGGUCGGCAUCUACUUCCCGUCUGUCACUGGUAUCAUGGCUGGUUCAAACCGGUCAGGUGACUUGCGGGAUGCCCAGAAGUCCAUCCCCGUUGGGACCAUCCUGGCUAUCGCUACCACCUCUUUCAUCUACGUCACCUGUGUGGUUCUAUUCGGCGCCUGCAUUGAGGGAGUUCUGCUUCGAGACAAAUUUGGUGACGCAGUGAAAGGGAACCUGGUCAUAGGCACACUAUCGUGGCCCUCGCCAUGGGUCAUUGUGAUUGGCUCGUUCUUCUCCUGCUGCGGGGCGGGGCUGCAAAGUUUGACCGGCGCUCCACGCCUGCUGCAGGCCAUCGCACGAGAUGGCAUCGUGCCUUUCUUGCAGGUGUUUGGUCAUGGGAAAGCCAAUGGAGAACCUACCUGGGCUCUGCUGUUGACCGCUGGGAUCUGUGAGAUCGGUAUCCUCAUCGCCUCCCUGGACGCCGUGGCUCCCAUCCUCUCCAUGUUUUUCCUCAUGUGCUACUUGUUUGUCAACCUGGCCUGUGCGCUUCAGACCCUGCUGCGGACGCCCAACUGGAGACCACGCUUCAAAUACUACCACUGGGCUCUGUCCUUCCUGGGAAUGAGCUUGUGUCUUGCUCUCAUGUUCAUCUGUUCCUGGUACUAUGCGAUUGUGGCCAUGGCCAUCGCUACCUGCAUCUACAAAUACAUUGAAUACAGAGGGGCAGAGAAGGAAUGGGGAGACGGCAUCCGUGGCCUGUCUCUCAAUGCAGCACGCUACGCCCUCAUUCGCCUUGAGGAGGCUCCACCGCACACUAAGAACUGGAGGCCUCAGUUGCUGGUGCUCCUGAAUCUCGACUCCGAUCAAGGAGUCAAACAUUCUCGCCUGCUGUCCCUCACCACCCAGCUGAAGGCAGGGAAAGGCCUCACGAUAGUGGGGAACGUUUUAGUGGGAACCUAUCUCACCAAAGAGGACGAGGCCAAGAAGGCUGAGCAGAACAUCAAGGCUGCCAUGUCAGCAGAGAAAACAAAGGGUUUCUGCCAUGUCGUGGUGUCUUCAAACCUCAGAGACGGCGUCUCCCACCUCAUCCAGUCUGCAGGGCUGGGAGGCAUGAAGCACAACACAGUCCUGAUGGCCUGGCCCGGCACCUGGAGGCAGUCCAACGACCCGCAGUCAUGGAAGAAUUUCAUAGAGACAGUGCGGGAGUCCACAGCGGCCAAUCAGGCCUUGCUUGUGGCUAAGAAUGUGGACAGCUUCCCCACCAACCAGGACCGCUUGGGGGAGGGCACCAUCGACGUGUGGUGGGUGGUCCACGAUGGAGGCCUGCUGAUGCUUCUGCCCUUCCUGCUGCGGCAGCACAAGGUGUGGAGGAAGUGUAAGAUGCGCAUCUUCACCGUGGCCCAGAUGGAUGACAACAGCAUCCAAAUGAAGAAAGAUCUUCAGAUGUUCCUUUACCACCUGCGACUCAAUGCAGAAGUGGAAGUGGUGGAGAUGCAUGAUAACGACAUCUCAGCCUUCACCUAUGAGAAGACGCUGGUGAUGGAGCAGAGGUCUCAGAUGCUCAAACAGAUGCAACUCUCCAGGACUGAGAGGGAGAGAGAGAUUCAGAGUAUCACUGACGAAUCGCGUAGCUCAAUCCGGAGGAAGAACCAGGGCCCCGCCCCGAGCACGAUCCGCAGCCGGCCUUCCUCCAUGGUGGAGGACAAUCAGGAGGACGAGGCCCAGCUCAUCCAUGACAGAAACACGGCGUCUCACGCCGCGAUAAACGACAAGGCCGAAGCUGGGCCCGAUCGGGUCCACAUGACCUGGACCAAGGAAAAGCUCUUCACGGAGCGUAAUCGGAACCGCGAGCUCAACGCCAACGUGGCUGUACGCGACCUGUUUAACAUGAAACCAGAGUGGGAGAGUCUGAACCAGUCAAAUGUCCGUCGGAUGCACACGGCUGUCAAGCUGAACGGGAUGGUGGUCAACAAGUCACAGGGAGCUCACCUGGUUCUGCUCAACAUGCCCGGACCUCCUAGGAACAGAGGAGGAGACGAGAACUACAUGGAGUUCCUGGAGGUUCUUCUCGAGGGUCUGAACCGGGUCCUCCUGGUGCGAGGCGGCGGCCGUGAAGUCAUCACCAUCUACUCUUAAAAAAAAAAAAAACACUCUCACGCCCCACCCUGCACACAUGGGCUGUUCCCAUGGAUACCGGUCACCGGGCAUUUUCGGGGAAGAAGCCUAAUUUGAUUUUUAUGAAGGGGGGCGGGGGUUGUUGGAAGGCGGGACCACAUGUGAUUGACAGACGGUUUUGAAGGACCCCAGGAUGGAAGGAAACAGCGUUGAAUCAGUUGACUGGCUGAGAGAGAGCGCAGCGUGCGUCCACGCCGGGCCACAGCACCCCUGCAUGUGGAAGAUAGAGCAUAGAGACACUUUAUAUUGUUCAUUUAACUCUGAAAAAAAACGUUGUUAUGUUCUGUUACAUUUUCAUAUUCUUUCCCUCUCGUGUCGAUGUUGUUACUGGCGCUCACUGUGUGUAAAGAUAAGCAAAAGAAGUGAAUGUGUGCUGAACCUCGUAGUCUUUUAUGUUGCACUCUGGGAGCUGCAGAGAUGUUUGACCUGAGACACGUUACAGGACUAAAAGGUCAUACUGGAUUUUCAAUAUUAGAUACAGUUUGGUGGUCUGUAUGUUCUGCAUCACCACUUGUGCUAAAUAUUUUCAUUUAAAAUAACCUUUAAGAAAGUGGUUUCAGUCUGUACAGAGAGUUUCUGUUUAGAAACAUGCUGGUUAGGGUUGCAGAACAAGGGUCAUUGGUGCAGUUGAAAGGUCGUCCCUGAAGCAGCAUCUGUAGUCGUAGCGCUCUGUGGUUGUUCGCCUUGUCGAUGAUUUAGUGACGGACCGGCCGGGAGGAUGUUGAACGUGCACCACAUGUUGGAUCACCUUUUGUCAGGUGGAUAUGUGCUACUGAUACUUGAUGAUCCCGCCCUUAAAGAACACUAUUGUUGUAAUAGGGGAAAAUAGCCAUAGCUAAUAUUCUAGGACCCUUUGUAAGCUUUAUAAAAAUGACAUAUUAAAUGUAUACAUAUUUAUGGUGACUGAAGUAGUGCUCAGUUGGGAGUGAGUUGGGGGCUGUUUGACAGUAGCUUAAAGAAAUAAUAGAUUGGCUCUUUUAAUUUGCCCUCAGAAUUAUUGUGGGCAUUUAUUUAAAAUGUAAAAAGCACAAAUCGACAUGCGAAUUAGCGUAAUUCUUCCCAUACGGACGUAGUUACAGCACUGUUGACUUUGCACUACUCCAACUUUCAGCACUUAAUUCAUCGUGUACUCUCACCUGGUUCUACCGCCUACAGUGACACUUCCUACUGGUCAACAACACACACCGCUAUACAUUCUUCUCACACAAAGUGGAGCGACAUACUGAUGAAUGAGCUCAUUGGAAAAAAAAAGAUGCAGACAGCAAGUGAUUCCAUACUAUUUCAUGUUUCAAUGUUGUUUUUAUAUUAUUUUACCAAACAAAACUCUUCAGGCUUUUGAGUCGCAGACUGAGUAGAUUCAUAGUAAUGAGCAUGUGUAGGAGAAAAAGUGCCAAAAUGACUACAAAAGAAACUGUGGACGUAUUACUGAUGCAUCUUAGAGAGCAUGGCCACGCAGUAGCUGCCGCUUUUUACAUUGACAAUCUUUAAAAAAAAUAUUUUUUUAUGAUAGAGCUCAUCCAGAAUUCUUUUAAAAUUCUGCAAAUUAAUAAUGAAACAAAUGCAACUAAUAGUGCAAUUUCCAGGGCCGUCUAACAUGGUCUAAAUGCUGCAAAAAAAUGGGUGAGAGGGAAGAAGGAAACCAACAUCAACCCUUUUCUCACGCGUACCUCCACAGUUUCUUUUCCAAAAUUAGCUGUGCAGUAUUUUGUAAAGCAGAAAGUAGUGUUCUCCUGCACCGAUCUGCAGGGAAAUGAGAACUUACUGAUUGUCAGUUAAUGCAACAUCUGUGUUUUGUUGUGUUUUGUUCAGUCGUUGAUGUACGCCUGUGUAACUCUAUCAUUAUGGUCUCUGUAGUGUUUGUUACAUUAUAAUUGAUCUUCUGUUACUUUAAGUGUUAAUUUUUCAGUGUGAUUUUUAUGGGAGGAGGCAGAGAGGAGGCGGCACGUGUGAAGACGGCAGCAGAUGUUUUUGUGUUUUGUUCCAACCCGUCAGAAACGCAUCAUGCACAACACACAGGACUGAACACCCCCCUCAGGAUACAGUGGCACCCUGGACUGAAAGUAUUAAGAAAGUGAAGCAACCAGGGUACAAAUGAUUGGUUUAACUGUCACUGUAUGAAGUUCAUUUCAGUUUCCUUUGUUCAGUUUUUAUAUUUUAGCCACCAAAGAUAAAAACAUAGUUCUGUAUAAAUAAACUUGAAAUUGUCUAGUUUUAAGAAGUUGUUAAGAUAAAUUAUUAAAGAAGUUUCUUUUGUUUUUAAUUUGGUUACUGAGCUGAAUAGCAGUAGCUAUGCAUAAAAAAAAUACAUGAAACCCAAAACAAAAGAUGCUAAAUUGUAAAAAAAAAAUAGGAUUUUCAGCAGUGUGUGUUUAAUGUUUGAGGUGACUGGAGAAUGUUAUCUACCUCAAGGUGUCACUGAGGCCCGGCUGAAGAAAUAAUAAAAAAAACAUGUUCAAUCACAUCUCUCUUUCAGAACUGAUGUUAUAUAUGGAUUCAUGAAAGGAAAAUAAAAAAAAGCCUCCGCGAUGUGAGAGGACCA